GCCGCCGCCAUGGCCACCGUGCCCGAGGUGGACAUCGACGCCGACGGCACGUUCAAGUACAUCCUGGUGCGCCUGCAGCGCCCGGGCGGCGARGAGCGGCGCGACAUCGUCCGCGGCACCAAGGCCGCCGAGUUCCACAAUCACAUAUUUGAGAAGGUGAAUCCCGAAAUGGAAAAGCUGGGAUUUGAGUGCARGUGCCUUGGAGGAGGGAAAAUUGAGCAUAAUAGCAAAGACAAGAAAAUCAGAGUAUUUGGACUCUCCACAGUAAGUGGAUUUUGGGUGUUCCUUCGAAUCUUUAAUAAUGUUCAUUGUUUUUUUCAUAGUGCAAAGACUUUCAGUGCCUUGAAUCACAUUGCAGAUGGUAACUGGAAACCUGCCUGACUCACUUGUGAAGUGAACUUGUUACCUAUUACUGUUCAGUUCCUUUAUAAGAGACUCAGUUAAGUGGUAAUUUGGGGAAUAAUCUCCAGGGCAUAGCUGCUUCUGUAGUAGUAUUGCGAGUACUCAAAUUGUAGGCUUCUGACGGGGUCAAAACCAAAAUAUUUCUAUCGAAUUAUUAUAGAAGGUCGUGGUUAGUUCAAAUUUGCUUUCCUUAACUUCAUGAAAACUGAAUGCUGAACACCUUAAGCAUUUUUAAAUAUCAAGGCUAUUUUUGUUCCAAGAUUACUCUUCUGCCUUGUAUCAUAUGAAAGAAGAAACUGUUUAGGGCUCCUAGAUAGUGGGAAAGGAGCGAGUAAGCUUACUCUGCUAAAGUCUCAUGAUACCACACUAGCUUGGUGGUUUUAUGAAAACCAAAGUCCAGGAUACCUCUGGAUCUGAAAUGAGAAAUCAAGAUAACUUCAGUUAUGUAAGACAACAAAGGUAUGAAAGGUAUGCAAGAAAUACAAGAUAGAGACACCUUCCAUCACAACUUUUCUAAGUUUCACUGAAAGUAAAAAUAUCACCUGAAACUUAAAUGAGGACUUAAAUCRAACUUGCUUUAGUUCAGAGUGGCACUGGCUUUCAGAUUGCCAUCUCCCUUUAACUGGCAAGGCGGCAACUAAGUAAAGCAUAAAGUGUGUGAUUUAUUUGAUGACCAGAAUAGUUCUCACAUGUUCAUGCAUAUGGCUUCUCGUUCCUUUUUCCUCCAGCUGAGCCAGAUUAGAUGUUUGCACRCCCAUAUGCUAAACUGAACUGGUGCCAUCUCUGUGAUUUAAAAAAAAAAAAAAGAAAGAAAGAAAAAAAGUAAUAGGAGCUGGCAACAUUUUAAUGUAAAGUUUCUGCUGCAGAAGUAACAAGUGAAACCCCCUCCCCCUGUUACUUGAGAUUGUAUGAAAUUGUUCUAUUUAUUUUCUGCSAAUUGGAGGGGAAAUGGGAGAGGGCAAUAAAAAUCUGAUACCACAAGAAUAACUGUGUAGAAGCUAUAUUUCUGAUUUGUAUGUGAACUA